AUGAUCCUCUUUUCACAGACCAUUCAGUUAAUCACUGCUUUUCUUUGUAUCACAAAGAUAAAAUCGUCAUGGCCAGUACAGAAAUACAAGAGCACAUCGAUCGAAACACCCUUCAUAAAUGUCACCAAGACAGGCCAGACAGAACCUGGAUUCCUAUUCUUCACACCACGCGAUCCUGAAAAGGGGCUUGGACAUCCUGUCAUCUAUUCAGAUGAUGGACAGCUAGUGUGGCAGGGAUCCAAAGGAAAUCACUAUGCGAUUCAACCACAAAUACUCGAUGGUGAGCCCGUGAUUGCUUAUUGGACCGGAUAUUCUAUUGAGGGAUUUGGAUAUGGCUACAUCAGUAUUCUGAAUAGCUCCUAUGACGAGAUUCAUCGUGUAAGAAUAGACUGCAAGUCUGAAUCCUUCGUGACCGUUUUUGACCCCAUGCAAUUUGAUUCCUGCAUCGACCUUCACGAGAGUCAGCUCACUGAGGAUGGCACAGUCCUGGUCACUGCUGUCAACGUAACUCAAGCUGAUCUGACUUCUGUUGGAGGCCCAAAGAAGGGUUGGAUUCAAGACAGCCUCGUAUAUGAGAUCGAUAUCAAAACAAAUGAUGUGCUCUUUCGCUGGAGCGCCUACGAACACAUUGCCGAGGUUCCUAUGAGCUUGAGCUGGGCUCCGAUAGGUUUGGUAGGGGUUGGAUCUGGAACCAAAAAGACUGAUCCGUAUGCGUAUUCUUAUCUGAACUCCGUUGCUAAGUAUGGGGACUCGUAUCUGGUUUCAUCGCGGUACAUGUGCAGUGUCCUUUUUAUUGCGCCUGACGGUAGUAUCACCUGGUAUCUUCAUGGGCGGACUGGUGGAGAUUUCAAGCUGGGUCCAGAUACUAGUUUCUGCUAUCAGCAUCAUGUACGCUUUCUGUCUCAAAGCCCCAAGCGGGUGUCGAUAGCUCUACAUAAUAACGACAAUACUCCCUUCACGGGCAACAUCAACAUAACGACUGGCUUGCUCCUGGAUGUCGAACUGUAUGGCUCGAAGAAGGUCACACUGAAUCGCAGAACUUGGGAUCAUGCAGAGCCCGUAUACGCUAGGCUUCAGGGCAGCUACCAGAGCCUCAAAAACGGUCAUAUCCUACAAGGCCACGGCUCUAUACCAAAGAUAGAGGAAUAUGAUAUCGAUGGAAAUAUUGUCAUGCGUGCGCAGUUUGGCUUGGAUGAUGUCAUGCACACUUAUCGUGUUUACAGAUAUCCCUGGAUCGGGCACCCAUCUACAAUCCCACAGGUUGUUGCAUGUCUGCUGAAUGAAAGUGAAGCUGCUGUGUAUGUGAGCUGGAAUGGGGCGACAGAUAUCAACUCAUGGAGAGUAUACUCUGAGCGAGAAAUCAAACAGGUACCAAGGAAUGGAUUUGAAACAACCAUUAUUGUUAGGGGACUUUCGAAGGGCGACUCAGUCAUUGUUGAGGCUGUUGGUGGCGUUAGACAUGGCACAAGAUCUGAGUCUACUCUUGUGGGAAAGCCCUGCUGA